GAUUAAGAAGUUGAUAGACAUGGAGGCGCUUGGCCUUUCUCGAUUAGCUGUGAUUGUGCUGGAUAUGAAAGCUGAUGCGAAGGGCUAUUCACUGUUGACACUGCCUCAAGUCAGAGAUGAGUUCUGGGACUUGUAUAGGAACUACUUUCACCAACGAGUACUGGAAGGUGCACUGCGGAUAUGUCUUUAUGGUGAAAUACCAGCUAAUAUUAAGAGAAAGAAGAGCAUCGAGGAUGAGUAGCUUGUUCAUGACUGAUACAAGGAUUCCAUACUGUCAUCAGCCAGCCCGUUUUAACAUUUUUGUAUCACAAAUUUUGUGGCAGAGGAUAAUACGAUGGGAAGUUCAUUUUUUCUACUGUGCACCCUGCCUCUUCUUUUCCCCUAUCCCUGUUUAAAAGAGAGGUUAAGAAAAUAUGAAAAUCUAAAGAACAUAAAGGAACAUGGUUAGAAUGGAAA